CAGCGUCAUUCGAUAUCAAAGUGGGAAAGUACGGAACUGUCUGAAUGUGCGCUUUACUUUCGUUUUCGAUUUUUAUGCUGAGUAACUAGACGACAUGGCCUCGCUGGGGAUCCGCGUCGAGUCGAAGAAACAGGUGGAUGACUUCUGCCAAAAGCUCACCAAGGAGGCAGAGGAGCUGGUCUCACAGUUCUUCCCUCAGAAGAUUGAGGAGCUGCAGAUGCUGUUGAAGACGUCGUUCAGCUGCGAUGACCUGGCGUCUUUGAGGGCUCCGCUAGACAUCCCCAUACCAGACCCGGCUAAAGAGGAGGCCAAGCGCAAGAAGAAAGAGGAGAAGGAGGGAAAGAAGGACAAGGACAGCGAUAAAGAGGAGGAAGACUCAGGGCCUCCCUGCGGUCCCAUCUGCAGCAACGAGCGAGUGGAGAGUCUCCUGCAGGAGGUCAGGCCUCAGAUCCAAACUCUGAAGGAGAAGCUGAACACGGUGUCCAUGUGGGUGCAGCUUCAAAUCCCUAAAAUUGAAGAUGGAAACAACUUCGGAGUGGCUGUGCAGGAGAAAGUGUUUGAGCUGCUGACCAACACACGCACCAAGAUCGAGGGUUUCCAAACCCAGAUUUCAAAAUACUACAACGAGCGAGGUGACGCUGUGGCCAAAGCCGCCAAACAGUCCCAUGUGGGAGACUACAGACAGCUGGUCCAUGAGCUGGACCAGUUUCAGUACUGUGAGCUCCGCCUUGUGAUCCUGGACAUCCGCAACACAUACGCUGUGCUGUUCGACAUCAUCAACAAGAACUUUGACAAGAUUAAGAGGCCCAGAGGAGACGGCAAAGCUCUCAUCUACUGAAACUGACUCCAACACACUUUCAAACAAGAUACAACCAGUGCAGUGUGACACUCUCAUCAAAUGACAACACAUUUACUCUGACAAAAAUGUCUUCAUUUUGGUUCAGAUUACAAAAUAAAGCGGUUGUGGUAA